GCCGUUAUGACCAAAAAAUAAACUGUAGCUAAUAAAUUAUCAAAUAUUCCUCGAAGUAUUUAUAACAAAAUUAAAUGUUGGAAAUCGAAAAUCGAACGUGUAGUGCACAUGUCACGCGGUUAAAUACACGUGCAACGCAACAGAGCCAAAUGAGAAGGAAAGCAAAACCAAGAACCAAUCAUUAUUUCAGUUUACUAGUAGUGGCGGUUGGCAUGUUGAUAUUAUCGAUAUAAUUUAAAUGAUAUUGAUAGAAAAAAUGUUCAGAACCUUCAUACUGCUUUUCUAGAAAGGAAUAAUAUUUACGAGAAAAAAAUUUCGAAUAGCUUUUGGUUAAAAUGAUUAACACGGAAGACGGGGAUAUUAACGAAGGAGUGUUAAAUUUAAUAAAUGAUAUUCAUUAUGGCGAUGUCAAUGGUACACAUAAUAUCGUAGUGGCUACUAUAUUGGUUCUGAAAGAUAUCAUAAAUAAUGCAGAAUGGACUACUGCUGAGAAUUUAAUCAAUAUAAUUACAAAAAAUGGAAAGUAUUUAGUGAAAGCUAUUCCCCUUGAAUUCUCUAUUGGAAAUAUGGUCCGUAGAAUAUUACAAAUAAUUAGAGAAGAAUAUACUUCCGAAUUAAAAAAUAAUACUGAUGAAACAGAUACACAAGAAUCCCUACAUAAAAUUCUCACUGCUGAAGGUGAUCAGGAAGUUGAUUUUAACAUUUCUAUACCUUCUUUAAAAUCAGCUAUCAUAGAACAUAUUAAUGAAUUUGAAGUUGAGUUAGAAACCUGUGCAGAAAAUAUUACACAGCAAGCUUCUGAACACAUUCAUUCUAACGAAAUUAUUAUGACAAUUGGUAAAUCUACAUUAGUGGAGGAAUUUUUUAAUAGAGCAGCUAAAACAAGAGCUUUCGAAGUUAUAGUAGCUGAAGGAGGGCCGUCAUUAAGUGGUCAUGAAAUGGCAGUAAAUCUAUCAAAGGCAAAAAUCAAAACUACUUUAAUAUCAGAUGUAGCAAUUUUUGCAAUGAUGUCUCGAGUGAAUAAAGUAAUAAUUGGUACACAUUCUGUCAUGGCAAAUGGAGGAUUGAGAGCUAUUUCAGGUUCACAUACAGUUGCUCAAGCUGCAAAACAUUAUUCUGUCCCAGUAAUGGUUUUACUACCACUGUAUAAACUCUCGCCACUCUAUCUUUACUCUCAUGAACAAGAUGGUUUUAACAAACAUGAUUCACCAUUGCAAGGUGUAAUUGAUGGUGCAAAUGCAUCUUUGUUAGAAAGAAUUCAUGUGUAUAAUCCAGUUUUUGAUUAUGUGCCCCCAGAAUUAGUUACAUUAUUUAUCUCAAACUCGGGUGGAAAUGCACCAUCAUAUGUUUACAGAUUGCUUAGUGAACUGUACCACCCAGAUGAUUAUGAAUUAUAAUAGAUAAGUGUAGAAACAUAUUUAUACAUGUAUAUUUGUAACCAAGCGCUUUUUGAAAUAAUUGUUAAAUUCUUCCCAAGUUAAUGCUUUUAAUAAAAAAAAUGGGAUAGGAACCAUAGAUAUUUAAAAGCAA